AUGUCUUCUCUUUCCUCCUCAUCGUCUAAUGUGCGAAUGGAUCGACGUUUCGACUGGGUUGGACCGCCGGAUAGUGUCUCGAAAAUUCGCAAAAUUAUGCUCCGCCGCGUUGACAAUGAGUCGGAACUCGAGCGGCAGUACCGCGCCGCCCGGGAAGAGCUGAACCAGUGGAAUUCGGAUUUUUGGGCCGAGCACAAUCAACUGUUCGAUCGCCAAAAGUCGGAAUUCGUCGAGAAGAAGCAGAAGGAGUUGGGACGGCUGGAACACGUGUCGGCGAACGAGCUCAGCGAGUUUUAUCGCGAUUUUCUCAACGAUCGGCAUGUGGCGAUGAUGGUUUAUAAUAAAGAAUGGUAUCGCCGAAACCUGCAGCUCAUUUGGCCGGCACUCAAAGUCAACGUCGUCAGAUUUUUCCGAAUGGCCAGGAGAUAA